AAACUUUGAAUAUUCUCCAUACCAAGACACUGACGGGGAUGAUUAUUACGAACCUCAUGGUGAUCACAAUGACUAUGACCAUAAUGGGCUUAUGUAUGACAACCAACCUGAUCCACUUGUCGAAGAAAUAAUAAGAUUAGAACAGAAAAUUUUCUAUUUCGAUGAAGUUCUAUUCGCUGAAGGCUCUUGGUACAAACCACCCUACUCCCGUGACUACACUUUGUUUGCUGAAGAACAAAUUGAAGCAAACAAGGUGGCAAUUCGCAGAAGAGCAAAACUUCUUGAAUCAGUCCGGAAGGAAAAGGAGUUCGAAAGGAGAUUAUGCGAAGGAUCAUAUAUGAUGCAGAAAAUGCUAGAUGACUUCCAAAGAGAGAGACUAGAAGCCGAGGCUAAAGCUGAUAAAUUAGUCAAUGAUCUCUGUAAGGCUGUUGAACUUAAACGCUGCCUCCAAUCUCAAGAUCAAUUGGAGGAAGUUGAUGCUCAAAAGGAGGCUCUAGAACCUAAGACCAACCUUGAAACAUUCAACCACCAGGUCCCAAUUCUAGAAAAUUCACCCAAACCAACACUAUUACAGAAACCCGAGAGCAUAACAACUCUCGCUAGGGCUAUUGGGGUAAUGUUACCUGAAUACCCUCCAAGCCAAGUCUCAACGAGCAUAGUCAUACAUGAGGUGAAACCCACUGAGGGACCUAACUCAAAACCACCCAUGCUUAUUCAAGAAAAGGAGGAGGAAGUUUUACCUAUGGAUGGUUGGAACCUAAAGAGUUGGGAUGAACUUCUGGUGAGUGACGAUGAGGACUCUUCCAUGGGGGAAAGCACGGUCGUAAUCAUUAAGCCACAAACAGCUAGUCAGCCCGUUGAAGAUAAGGAAGAAAUCAAUUUCGCAAUCAAGGCUAAUAAUGUGGAUCUACUAAUGAGAUUUCCACCUCCACCCACCCAUACAAGGUCUCCUCCAUAUAUCCUGUUGCCACCAAGCCACAGGGAUGAGUCAAGGAUCCUGGACCUUGACCUGGCGAAAAUUCAAAUAAGGUGGUAUCAGAAGAGAGUCAGAAAGGCCAAACUUUAUGACUCUCGGAUUGGGAAGUCGCGGAAAAAGAAGCGUCCAACCUGCAAAGCGUCCAAGAUGGAUGUUGCUUGGAUGAUUCUGCAUGGAAACCGCCGCACAUUGCAGAACAUGGAAGAGCUCCCCUUGCACUUAGAGCAAGAGAAAAAGAAGUUUCUCACUUGGGGAAACACUAAGAUGCUCCAGCCUCCUAUGGUGUUGGACCCUACUUAUCUGGACGAACUAGGGUACUGGCAGGACAUUGAUGACUUGCUGUAUGACCCAAAAUGGAGAAUCCUAUUGUUCCUGCAUGCACCAGCCAGCCUGGAAGCUACCAUUGAGUUUCUAUGCUCCCUCUGCUUCCUCAAUAACGAAGAGGAAGCAAAGUCAGCAGCCGAGGCCCGAGGAUUACAUAUGGCGGUUCUCGAUGUUCUUCCAGAAUCUGUGAGCAUGUUCCGACCACUGACAGGGUAUUUGGCCCAGAUUGCAUACAAUAAUGAAGACAAGGAGGCACGUCCAAAAUGGCAGCAUACCAUUCCUAUGUCUCUUCACAAGCUCUCUCAGGCUAUGUAUGCAUUUCAGGAUUUUGUGGACUCCUGUUUGAGGAGCAUAGAGACGCUUCUUCUCACUCAGCAGUGGCAGAUGGAGGAAAUACUCGACCAUAUCCGGGAACGGGGAAUGAAGAAAACAGAGCAUGAGGCUGGUCCUAAGCCAAGCAAACGUCAGGGAUACGAUGAAGACGAAGAAGUUCACCGCGAAGCUAACUCUAGUUACACCACUAGAGAGGAGAAUCAUGAACGAGGAGCUACCGAUUUCAAGGUUGACAUACCAACCUUUGAAGGGAAGAACGAUCCGGAUGACUUUCUAGAGUGGCUAGAAACUGUUGAGCGCGUCUUUGACUUCAAAGAUGUGCCCGAAGAUAAGAAAGUCAAGAUCGUGGCAUUUAAGUUCUGGAAGUGUGCCUCCACUUGGUGGUCCAACCUCUCCACCAAAAGAAGGCGAGAGAAUAAGGCCCCCGUGAAGACUUGGCUCAAGAUGAGGAGCUUGUUGAAGAAGAAGUUCCUGCCCAAACAAUAUGUACGGGACAACUUUGCCAAACUUCAACACCUAAGGCAAGGUCCCCGCUCGGUUGAAGACUACACUCGGGAGUUUGAAGAACUCUUGAUGAGAUGUGACCUUCAAUAAAACGAUUCACAAACAUUGGUACAUUACCUAUUUGGAUUAAACACUGAAAUAGCUAUUGUAGUAGAGCUGCAACCUUAGGAUAUGUUACGCUCAACUUCAAGGGGAAAUGGUGGAGAGGGUAAAAUAUAUUUAUUUGUUUUCUUUAAGGAAGAUAAACCAAGUAGGUGUUAAGAGAUAUUACACACUCUUAUCUUUUACUUGGGGUUGAAUCUAGUAUUCAAAUAAGAUAUUACACACUUAUUUAAAUAACUAGAACCUAUAAAU